AUGGGUGAGCAGAACGAUAACUAUCGUUCGCCUUCUCCAAACUUUAUGGAAUUUUUAGUCUCUGGUUUAAGUUUUCUGGUCAAACAGAAAUACUUGCAGCCAGCUGAGCAAAUUCUUUCAGAAAAGCUUGCAGAUUUUGAGACAACAGUUUCAGAAAAAGCUGAUGAAAAAUUAAUUGAUUCGGCAGAAAAGACUUUGAUCAGUGUUAUGAACAUCAACGAUGGCGACCUAUCAAUACAGUUUUGCCACAGACUUGCAGAAUGCUUCAUUUUCUUAUAUUCGCUCCCAGAAGCACCAAAAAUCUUCAAUUUAGUAACUUACGUUCAGAAAAAUCCUUCACCAGCUGCAUACUUCACAAUCGGCUUUGUCGUUGACGCAAUUGGCGAUCACAACAAGGCAAUGAUGGGAAGUUUGACAGAGUCUCUUUUGAAAGCUAAGCGUGGUAACGUCGAUUCAGCCUUAUUUGCACUUAACUAUAUCCUUAAAGCCGCGUUUAGCGAAACGAAAAAGUACGCAAAAAGUUUAUAUUCAGUGGUCGACGCAAAUAUCCAUCACCAAUCCAUUUUUGUACGUCUUCUUUGCAUCAAAAUGUAUCGUAAGCUUAUCAAAUCCAAUCACUACAGCCUUGAAAAGCUUUUAAAGAACGCAUUAGUUAUUCUCAGCGAUGUAUCAGACAGAUUCCUUCGCGAGAAGGCAAUUUGCUAUGUAGUAGAUUGCAUGCUUCUCAUUCUUCCAACACAAAACGGAUUACAAAUUGUUCUUCACGAAUUAAUCAACUUAGAACAACCAUCUCAAAUUAUUUCGAAGUUAUUACAAUUCAUGGAUAAUGAAGUUCUUCAAAAGAACGCUGCAAAGUUCUUAGCUCUCAUCAGAAAGAAAGAUAGAACACUAAUCAAACAAUUCUCACAGUUACUCUCAGUCGAAACAAAGAAAUCAUUAUUCGAAGCCGUAGAAAAAGAAAAAGAUAACGAAGAUCAGCUUUUGAUACUCAGAUACUUAUCAUACGACACAGAUUCAGACAGAACAGUCGCAGCUAUUGCCAGUAAGAUCAUGAUGGAGACACAUGAUGAUAGAAGUAUGAUUUUACAGUUCUACGAUGAAGUUUCUACAAAGAAUUUCGAAUUGGCCGGAGAAUUGCUCUUAGCCGCCACAAUUUUCCUUGCUUACCCACCAGAACAACAUAGCAACCUUGGCCGCCAAUUCGUGGCCAUGGCAUUGAUUGCUGCCCAGUUAAUUACUUCAAAUCCAAAUUUGGUCACACCGACAAUCAAAGAGAACAUCCGACUUUACCAGGAGAAAUUCUUUCCAUCUCCAAAGAUCUACAAGGGCGGAUUCAUCGGCGCGUUCAUAACUGCAAGAGCUCUCAAAGCAGCAGCGGAUGAGACAAUUAGGAAUGGUUUGAACAGGGUUCUCUUGGCUCUAGAAUCUCCAAAAGAAGGUUCUAAGAAGGUCAAACUGCUUACUUCCGCUGUAACAGGUUUCCUUGCUUCAUGUCAUUCUGUAAAGUCCGCUUCUGCUUUUCUUUCCAUCUAUUUGCAGAUGCCUGUAUACCAACAAGUACCAGCAGCCAUGAGUUACUCGUUUGUUAUGGCUACAAGGAUACAAUUGCCAACAAAAAUAUUCCAUCCUUUACUUGAAUUCGCUCUUUCCGUACAAUUCACGAAAGAAUUCAUUGAAACAAGGAUAAAUCCUCGCUACACUAAACCAGAUACCAUUUUGGGAAGGCCAGAUGCCAAAUUCUUGCCAACAAUCGCUUUACAUAUGAACAAGGAUAUGGUAAUGAAGCUUGUUUUCGAUGCAUUCCCAAUUGUCGUUAACAAUGCUCCAGCAGAAGACCGUGAUAUGUCAGUUCUUCUUCACAACGAGAAAUACGACCAAACACACCCGGUCAAUUUACUUCUUCUCCUUGCCCUCAGCAAAAACAACGAUGCCUCUCAAUUUCUCCCCGAAGAUAUCCACAAAUUAUUGUUCUCCAUGAUGAGAAAAUCCGAAAGCGACACAGAAACAAACAUGAUUGCAGAGAUCCUCUCUGUCUACUGCAGGAGACACAAACACGCUUUCGCAAAGCUCAUCAAGAACAAGAAGAAAUUGCCUCCAAGACAAAGAUCUUUCUUAUACGCGUCACUUUUACAUAAUUGUGAUGUAAAUGACGCUUUUAUCAUGGAUGCACAACAAGAUCUCUGUGAUUUGUGCAAAGGAAAUGAUUCUAAUUACGCUUUCUUCGCUUUAUCCGUGUUAUUCCAAUCUGUUCAGUUCUCAAAUUUGUCUCAAACAUUGGCUGGAAAUUCACUUCACUUUUUGGUCGGUGUAUUGAAUUCUCGUAAUUUAUUGAAUCCUAUUGUUUGUUUCUAUGCUUCACAGUGCUUUAUCUCGUUAAUGCCAUUAGUUUCAUCCAGUGAUGAUUCAUCACUUUCCGUUGUUAUUGGUGAAGCAUUACAAUGCUUUGCAGGAACAAAAUCUCCUUUCUGCAAAGCUUUCUACAACAGGGCAUUAAGCCAAGCAUUGAACUUCGCAAGGAAGACAGUAACUAAACCAAGAAUUGAACUGGCAAACCGCAAAUCAACUGGUUUCGAAGUCAACGCAAGUUGUGGCGCAAUUUGUGAUUUGAGGAAAGACAUUUUCGAGUACAUGGACACUGCUUUGUAUCAUUAUCAGAUUUCUCCUUAUUCAAGAAUUGCUGAAUUCAUCUCUUCAUGUUCAGAGAAUUCUGAUAAAGUUAAUGAAUGGGUCAACCUCGUGAAAGACACUAUUUCUUCUUCAAUCAUCCCAGGAACAUCAAUUGAAGCAAGAAAUGAAAUCAAAAGAUCCGUUCUAAAAGCAAUGAAACCUUUAAUUCUCAGAAUUAAAGAGAAAAGUGACACUUCUGCAUUAGAUGAUACAAUUACUGCAUUAAUCAAAGUUGUUACUUCCCAAACAAGUGACGAUCAAAUGGUCAUGGAGUCGUUCCAAAGAUUUGCUGAAAUUAUUACCAAUUUCGCAGGCGCAAUCAAACUUGACAUUUACGACUCUCAAUUUUCAAUUGCUCUCAAAUACGCUCUAUCGUUGAUGCACGUUAGUGAAGAGUUCUUGAGAGUAUACACCAAUUACAUAAAUAACGCCGGCCAGUUGCAGAACUACAUUGAAGAAAUCACGAACGGAGUUAUCAAUGCAAAUGAUACAAUUCCAAGAACUAAUUUCGCUUCAUACAUCAUUUCAACAACGAUAAAGUCCGAUAACGAUAAAAUUAAAGAAAACGGACGAAAAAUUGCUGUUGCACUUGAAGAUGCUUUUGCUUAUGUAUUUAACAAAGCAGUAGAAUCUUCACAACAAUGGCAAACAGCUGCUGAAUUCAGAAACCAUUAUUCUGUUUCAUUCGGUGAUAUUUUGGAAUCUUUGGUUUUCGCUUUGAGUACUACUAAAUCUCAAAAAGCGACAUAUGACAAAUUAUGUCCAUUCCUUAUUGAAACAUCAUCCAAAUCAACAGAGAAAUGGAGAAUCGAUGCUUCUAUCAGAGGUAUCGUUUCUACAUUCGAAUUCCUUGAAAACUUGGAUGAUAAUUAUAAGAGCGAUUGUCUUAAGAAUGUUCCAAAGACAAGUGAAAUGUCACUUUUAUUUGAACUCGCAUUUUCAAGGCAACUGUCAGAAAAUGAUAAAUUAUUGUCAGAAUUUUAUGAUUACGUGACAAAUGCAGUUUACAAUGAUGAAGUUUACUGCAGAAUAAUCAAGAAUGCUGACAAUGAAUUCAUGGAGAAACAUGGACUUGAAAUUUUCGACAAAUUCAUCAAUUUGCCGAAAUACGAAUCACUCUGCAGUUUGCUAUUUUUGAAGACAGAAUCAAAGGAUUUGUAUGAAGAAAAAAUCCUUCAAAUUGAAGAUUUACAAAAACGUGUCAAUUUAUCCAUUCAUUAUGUUAUUUCCACAAAGAGAUGCUCAGACAAAAUCAGCGAUUUACUUGGCCAAAACUUCGAUCAGAACGUUUUAUUGUUAGUUGGUCGUUUGUUGAAGUCCGGACAAACAGAAAUUGCUAUUAAAAUCUUGUCUAAGGUUACAGAAGAAGAAAAAGUUCCUGAAACAGAUGAUUUAUCAUAUUUAGUUUUGUUGAUUUGCAACAAACAAGUUGUUAAUGAUUGCUCAUCUUUCUUGGGUUUGUGUCUCAAGAAAGUCGCUAACUUGGCAUUGAGCUUAGAUAAGAAUAGAUAUCCAAGUGCUUGCUACGCACUCAAACUCCUCAAACAAACUGAUGAAGGACUCCAUUUGUUGAGAGUUUUGCCUUCAGAAACAAUGACUUCUUUGGCUGAUAAGUUCGAGGCUUUGAACAAGGCUAAGUCAACUUCCAACAGAUUUGCUUUGAAAACAUUUGGCAAUAUUAGAAAGCCAAAGGAUCAACAAGGAGGAGAUUGGGUUGAUCUCGACGGAAAAUCUGAUUCAGAUGAAUAA